GCGGGCGGGCGGGCGGGGGCCUUUCCCCUCUGUAGCCGCUUGUGCCCUCCUUUCCUCGGGGCGAGGACGCGCCGGCAGGGCGAGAGGAGGCGAGGAGACGAGGCAGCGCCGCGCCGCGCCCCCCCGGGCGCUCCCCGCCGCCGCCGGGCCCCGGGCUCCCGGCCCCGCACCGGCCCCGCCAUGGACCCCUGCUCCUCGCUGUUCAGCUACGUGUUAAUGCACUUGUUCGUCCUCUGCCUGCAAGCCCAGGUAACUGUUCAGUCCCCACCUAAUUUUACACAGCAUGUGAGGGAGCAGAGCCUGGUGACGGAUCAGCUCAGCCGACGGCUCGUCCGUACCUACCAGCUGUACAGCCGGACCAGUGGGAAACAUGUGCAGAUCUUGGACAACAAGAAAAUCAAUGCGAUGGCAGAGGAUGGGGAUGUGCACGCCAAGCUCAUCGUGGAGACGGACACCUUCGGGAGCCGUGUGCGCAUCAAGGGGGCAGCCACAGGUUUCUACAUCUGCAUGAACAAGAAGGGGAAGCUGAUCGGCAAGAGCAAUGGCAAAGGCAAGGACUGUGUCUUCACGGAGAUCGUCCUGGAGAACAACUACACGGCGCUGCAGAACGCCAAGUAUGAGGGCUGGUACAUGGCCUUCACCCGCAAGGGCCGCCCGCGCAAGGGUUCUAAGACCCGCCAGCACCAACGGGAGGUACAUUUCAUGAAAAGGCUUCCCAAGGGCCACCAGACCACCGAGCCCCACAGACGCUUUGAGUUCCUCAACUACCCCUUCAACCGGAGAAGUAAAAGGACUAGAAACUCCAGCUCCAGGGUGGGCCCUUGAUGUGCCUGCCUCUGCCCGCCCUGCCCUGCACCUCUCCUGGAGGACUGUCCUCUGAGCUGGGUGGACUAUAUGUAGAG